AUGAUUUCAGCAUUACAAUGGAUACCAAAAGGUUCAGCCAACCCUUUCCCAAAGAAAUUUGACCCAAAUUCAGAUGAAAAAUUAGACGAAGAAGAAUUAAAAUCAAUUCAAGACAAUGAAGAAGUAGAGCCAACUAAAAAAGAUAAAAAGAAUAAAAAUAAAGCACAACCACAAAUAGACGGCAAUGAUAAAGAAAUUUAUGAUAGAUAUAACUUUGAUGACUAUGACAGUGAUGAAGAAGAUGAAUCAAUGAUGACAGAAGAUGCAAAGAAUGAAAAAACAGAAAAAGUUGGUUUAAAGUUUAUUAAUAGAGCCAUGAAAGGUUUAAUGUUUUAUAAAGAUUCAGAUACAGAUCCAUAUCUUCAAGAUAAGGAAGAAGAAGAUGCCGAUGAUAUUGAUGAUAUUGUUAUUAGACCAACUGAUUCAAUUCUUAUUACAGCAAUUGCCACAGCCGAUGAUGAAUACUCACAUUUAGAUAUUAUGGUUUAUGAAGAAGAUUGCGACAAUCUCUAUGUACAUCACGAUAUUAUUUUAUCAUCAUUCCCAAUUUCAUUAGCAUGGACCGAUCAAAACCCAGCAAGUAUUAAUGAAAAAGGUUCAUUUGUUGCCGUUGGUACUUUUGAACCAGGAAUUGAAAUUUGGGAUUUAGAUGUUAUUGACAAUUUAAUUCCAACUGUUACAUUAGGCGGUAAAUUAGACGAAAAGAAAAUCAGAGGUAAACAAAAGAAUAUAAAUAAAUUUAAACCAAAUAGUCAUAUAGAUAGUGUUAUUUCAUUAUCUUGGAAUUCACAACAAAGAAACGUAUUAGCAAGUGGUUCUGGUGAUAAAACUGUUAAAGUAUGGGAUAUUACAACUCAACAAUGUUUAAAUACAUUCACUCAUCACAAAGAUAGAAUUUCAGCAUUACAAUGGAAUAGUCAAGAAAAAACAGCUCUUUUAGUUGGUUCACACGAUAAAUAUGUUAGUAUUGUAGAUGUUAGAUCACCAGAUGCAGCUUAUAAAUGGUCAGUUAAAGGUGAAGUUGAAUGUCUUCAAUGGAAUCCACAUAAUGCAAAAGAGUUUAUUGUUGGUACCGAUAAUGGUACAGUAGUAUCCUAUGAUGCUACAUUAGGUCCAAAUGCCAAACCAGUUUGGUCCGUUCAAGCUCACAGUUCAGGUGUUUCAUCUUUUUCAUAUUGUCCAGGUCAAGCUGGUUUCUUUGCAACUGGUAGCAGUGAUCACACACUUAAACUUUGGAAACUUGACAACAACAACCAAGUUUCACUUAUUGAAGAGAAAUCACUUCAAGAAGAGGUCUUUUCUGUUUCUUUCUUCCAAAACUCACCAUUUAUUUUAGCCAUUGGUUCUGAAAGCCAAAGACCAAAUAUUAUCGAUACUAAAAAAUUCAUUUCAGUCCAAAAUGCCUUUGGUUUCGAAAAACAAGAAGGUUCAAAAGAACCAGUUAUUUUUACUAAACAAAAUAGAAAUCAAGAAGGUUAUGAAGAAGAUGAUGGAGAAGAUGAAGAUGAUGAAAGUUUCGAAGAUGAAGAAGAUGCAAGUUUCGGAGAUGAAGAAGAGGAAGAAGAAGAAGAGCCAGUUAAACCAGUCAAACCAACCAAAUCACAACAAAAAUCAAAACCACAACAAAAACCAAAAACCACCCAACAAAAAAAACCAAAUAAAAAAGUUGGAGAUUCAGAUGAAGAAUAA